UGGCAACGUUGCUGUAUACUGUAUAAUCAGCAAAAGUAAACAUAACCUAUAAUGGAUAUAUUUUUAAUUUGCAAAUCAUACUUUUAAGUUAAUAAAAUGCAUUCGGUAAUAUCUGUGUUAAGUAGAAUAAAAAAUAUUGUUCCCGAGCUUCAAAAUGCUUUACCAAAUUUGACAUUUCACGAAGUCUCUAAUGCAGAAUUGGAUAAGCAGUUCAAGGAAUCCCACAUAAUAGUAGCAGAUUACGACCUACUAACACCGCACAUGUACAGUUUACCUCAAGCCAAAUGGGUACAAGGAACAUGGGCAGGUGUUAACGAUUUAAUGGCAAAAGUUACUCAACCUCCACCAUUUUCACUUAGCAGAUUCACCGGAAGGCAUUUUGGGGCGUUAAUGAGCGAAUAUGUUGUUGCUAAUAUUAUAAACUUUGAGAGGAAUGCAUUUGAGACUCACCAGAACCAAAAAAUGAAGCAGUGGAUAGUAGAUGGAAAAAUAGAGGAGCAUAGAGCCAUUUUUGAUUUGACUGUUGGCAUUUUAGGAUUAGGGAAUAUUGGAGAUAGAGUGGCUAGGACGUUGAACUAUAUGGGUGCUGUAGUUUUUGGCUAUGGUAGAAGACCGCACUUAAACCUUGAAGAUAAUCCUCAUAUAUCGAAGUAUUUUUCGAACCAAAUGCUUCCACAGCUUUUGCGUGAAUGUGACUAUGUUGUUAAUACUCUGCCUGAAACUCAAGAAUCGAAAUGGUUGCUAAAUGGAGAUAUUUUAGAAAAUUGUAAAGAUAAACAAGCUGUAUUUAUAAAUGUUGGUAGAGGAACAAUCAUAUCAGAAGAAGCAUUAAUAAAAGCUCUAGAGAACAAAUGGAUAUCAGGAGCAAUUUUAGAUGUCUUUGAACAAGAACCAUUACCGACUGAGAGUGCCUUGUGGCAAAUGCCUAAUGUGAUAAUUACUCCACAUGUGUCAGCUUGUUCUCGGGCAAAAGACAUAGCUCAACAGCUAAAAGACAAUUUAGAAUAUUAUAGGCAACAUUUGCCAAUCCCAGCUACUGUAGACUUCAGUAAAGGCUACUGAGGACAAAAUAUCCAAGGAUGGGCAGCUGAAAUAUCUUUUACAUAGUGAUAAUUACCCCACAUGUGUCAGCUAGUUGCCGCGCAAAAGAUAUAGCUCAACAGAUGAAAGAUAAUUUAGAAUAUUAUAGACAAAAUUUGCCCAUUCCCGCUACUGUAGACUUCAGUAAAGGUUACUGAGAACAAUAUAUCCAAAGAUGGACAGCUGAAAUAUCUUUUACAAACAAAGUGUGAUAUUUUUACCAUGUUACGUUUAAAUAUAUCUAUAAAUAUACAUUUAUCAUAUAAA